AAAUUGAGCGAAAAAGUCAAUACUGAAGACAGGGAAGUGGAUUUUAUUUGAUUAAAUAUACAAAACUUUAGGAUUAUCGCUCAUAUUUGCACAACAAAAGUAAAAAAAGCGAAUUGCUAUGUCGAUACAGAACAUAGCUGUUAAGUUAUGUGGACUUUUACAGUCACAAAGCGAGGAAGAAGUAACAGCGCGCGAAUGGCGUUUAGUUGGUCAGGAACAAGACGGAUCGCAACUUUUAACAUGGAUAUCGACACAAGACGGAAAGGAUAUUAUGAACAUAGGGGUGUAUACCAACAAGACAAAAACCCUCAGCACACUUUACACUUAUGAAGAAAAGCUUAAUAUUAUUCAAGCAUCAGUUAACUCUACGCACAGUUUACUCGCUUAUGUUGUUAAGGUGCUUCCAUCAGAAGAAUCAGAAGUUAAGGAAGCGUUGUACUGCCCAUUCUUGAUAUGUCUGUUACCAGACAAAGUUUCUGAACCAGAAGUAGUAGAAGAGGGCUCAACUAAACAGAUAAUGCUUCAAUAUGUGUACGGAAAGAGCAAUAAAUACAGUCCAGGAAUCAGAAAUGACCGCUUUCUUCUGUUUAAGCAUUUGGAAUAUAUUAAGAUCUACCGCACUCCAAUGUUUUUGAAUGAAUGUGAUGAUGGAACAGAGAAGUGGGGCUUUGACGGUAUUUACACAGAGACAGAGAAAAUCGUCCACAUAUUCUCAUGGGCACAAUGGGAUUGUGCUAACCAGGUCCUGUUCUACAUCCACCACCGCGCGCCCCUGCAGAGCUUCGCGGAGGGCGAGGAGGUGCGGUCGCCGGCGGAGCCCGCGCCCACGCUCUCCGCGCUACAGUUCCACGCCGACCUGCCGCAUGAGACCGUGCUCAAUAUCCCCCUAAGUCUGCCACACGCGGGCGGCGGUACAGGGGGCGCGGGGGCGUGCGGCUCAUACGAGGACGAUCCGGUGCCUCUGCGGGUACACGACUGCGGCAUAGACCUGUAUAUACUGUGCGACCAGCGCGGCGUGCUCUGCGUCUGCCAUCAUUAUCUGUAUAAGGCGCUAGACGACUCCACGAGCUCCCUCGCUCUGGACGACGUGGACAAGGACUCCGGCGUGAACUUCGCGUACUCGGUGACGCUGCUGAACCACGGCUGCGUGGUGCACAGCGUGCUGCCCGAACUGCCCUGGUCGCUCGCCAAGUCGUUGCGGCCCUCCUACACGCUGUACGAGGAGAACCAUCUCCUCGUCAGCAUACCGAUGUUAUUCACGCAUCUCAUCGACAUCAGCCCGCACCACGAACCCUGCUGCCACAUCGUGAUCCCGCAGCCGGGGGACAGCGGGCCCAGCUUAGCUCCGCUUCUGGGCUGGGGCGCCCACGCCAUGGUCGACCUGAACACCCUAGAUGUGGUCACCAUGACAGUGCAGGAAAAGGAUCUAUCGGCCACCUUCAAGAGUGACACGGUCAUUGAGAAUAAACUUGGAAUCAUUCAUUAUCUGAUCCAACACGCUGGCAACACUGAGUUGGCUGAAGAGCUGGUAUCGUGGAUGUGCGUGAACCAGCCCCCUGCAGGAGGGUUGCAGCGUGCGAUGCAGGAGUAUCUAGUGUGCGGGGCGUACGCCGUGACGCGUCGCUCGCUCCCCCCUUCCGCGCUGCCGCUCGCCGUGCACCUCCCCUACACCGUGCACCUCGCCAUAGGGGACGUCAAGGCAGGUCGAUGCGUAGUGCACGUGUCACUGGCGGCGCUUUGGCGCGUCGCAGCGGCGGUGGUGUUGUCGCCGCGACAGCGCGUCUGUCAGUUCGCGGAGGACGCGUGGACGCGGCUGUGGGCGGCGCUGCAACGGCCCGCGCCGAACAGACUCCGCCCCUCCGCGGUGGCAGCGCGUCUAGCGCCAGCGCUCGCCUGCUACCAGCCGGAGGCGUUGUCGCGCGCGAGCACGCCGCUGUCGCCGACGACACGUCGCCCGUCGUUCGCCGCGCACGAUGGACUCCCCUUCGUAGAGCUCGACGUGUGCACUACGAGUCGCCAGGAGCAUGUUAUAGCUGCGAACAUGCGUGCGGUGAGCGUGCACGUGCUGUCAGCGGAGGGGGCGGGGCCUGCGGAGGCGGGGGAGGCGGGCGUGCACGCGCUCGCCACGCGCUGGGCGGGCGCGCAGCUCGACGCGUCGCGCGCGCUGUGCCGCGCCGUCGCCCGCGCCGCAGCAGCCGAGCGACACGCCCACCAGACCAAGGGAUUCGUGUUUAUCGAUGAGCUGGAGCCGGCGCACGCGCUGAUCCUCUUCAAGCUAUUCGAAGCGUACUACCUGGCGGCGGAGGCGGUGGCCUUCCCCCUGCCGCAGGGCUUCCCCUCCUUCCUCACCUACCUCGGCUACCGCGCCCUCCCCUUCCACAUGUUCAUGCAGUACGUCCACAGGAACGUGCUGGAGCUCCAGAUUGACGUCAUGAAGGCGAUUAUUGCGACUAAGGACGACUCAACCCGCACCGUCGAGCACAAGCUGCGGUUAAUCCAACUAGUGGGGGAGGCGCGGGGGCGGCGCGCGUUGUCGGCGUGGCCGCACCGCGCGGCGCUCGUGCUGCGCGCGCGAGACCACGCCCACGCGCUGCUCAGCGGCCGCCCCGCCCCGCCACCGCACCGCGCGCCGCACAGGCCGCAUCGCGACACAGGUAUCGCAGCUCUGCCGUCGGGCGAGCGUCUCUCCCCGCUGGACACUUUCCUAGACCUGCUCACCGCCAAGGCCAGUCUCAACGAGCUCGACUUUAACCUGAUUAUAGAGGCCACCCUGGCCUCGGUACAGGACUCGACAGCUUAAAUUUAAAGCUUAAUAUGAAGCGUAGAAGCCAAAUUCCCGUAACUAUAAGACAUAAAUCCUUUAUACACAAUUUUUAUUCGUGAAUGAGUAAGAAAGAGUAUGAAGUAGGUUUUUGGAUUGAAAAAUUGGAUUUUAAUACGGGUUUACAAAGACACCCAUGACAGGAGUUAGUAAAAAUAUCUUGCAUUUAUAUGUUUAUAAUAUUUAAGAUAUAAUAACAUA